UUAUGUGACAGAGAAGAGGUCCGUGUCCCACAUCACGUGGAUGUAGCUGUCAGUCAGGCGCCAGCCUCGUUAUUCACGCAUGGUGAAGUGAAGGUCCCCUACAUCGACGCGACAAACGGCCACAACCUAACAUGAUUGGACGCUAAGUCUCUCCGCCCCACUCUCUAUUGCUGGAACCUUCAGUACCUUGUCGGGGUUUCUUGCUCUUACUUGCUUCCAUCGCAAACGCAAAACUCACCCGAAAACCUUUCUCUACCUUUCGUUGACUCCCAUUUCAACCAAGUUGCACGUUGUAAUCAUGGAUCCAACUGAAGGGCUGAGAAAUCAGAUUGAGCAGCUAGAAGGGAGGAUAGAAGCUGGCACGGCGGCAUUCUUCGAUCUGAAAGCGCAAAAUGACGAGCUAAGACGGAGGCUCUCUCUCUAUGAGUGUGGGGACAACUCCAACACUGGCGGCACAACACUACAGUUCAACAGUUGCACCUUUGUCGGUGUUCGCAGCCCGUUCGACCCAGACCCACGAACGCUCCGUCCACCUUCACUGGCUCCUGCACUGCACUUGGAUCAGGCCGAAGAUGCGCCAUCGUCACUAGUCAUCACCAACCUUGUUCAUCGUUCCAGAAGUACGAACAAGUCUUUAAGAACAAAGCAUGUCAAAGAGGGAGUCAACAAAGCCGGCAGGAGCACUAAAAGAAGCCAGAACACGAAGCCCGUCGAAUGCACCGGUGAUGAUCUUGAUAUCAGACCGCCUCUGUAUAGACAGUGGUGUUCUCGAGCGCAGUCUCAUGAGUGGUGUGAUCGCGUUCGCUGCAGAUUUCUCCAUGAGGAUCAGGUGAAGCGUUUCGAGGCGCUGAUUCCAACUCUGUUCUUCGACCCAGCAGAGGCACGCGCGGCAAGUUCCUAGACGCUCAUAAUUUGAAGGUUUUGCCACUUGGAGCAAAAUCAGAUUGGUCUGCCGGUCUGAUGCAGGUCUUCUAUGAAUGGG